AUGGACUCGCUCACGACUCACCCUUCGACCGCACAGCAGGCGAAGGCCUUCACGUCUCCGGCCUCUCUGUCCUUUCCCGGUGGCGCUGGCGAUCUGACACCGCCUUCGUCUGAAAAGGAGGGAAUCUUGGCCAACGGUAGCCAGAACGGCAGCGUGAAUGGUCAGCAGCCAGGAGGGAAUGCAGCCGGUAAUGGGGUGACGCCCGCAACUCCCGCUGCGACUCCUGGUGCUAACAAUCCGGGGAGCGGCAUUGUGCCUACGUUGCAAAACAUUGUCGCAACUGUGAACCUUGAUUGUCGCUUGGACCUGAAGACCAUCGCGCUUCACGCACGCAAUGCCGAGUAUAAUCCAAAGCGUUUCGCGGCCGUGAUCAUGCGUAUCCGUGAGCCGAAGACCACCGCGUUGAUCUUCGCCUCGGGUAAGAUGGUCGUUACCGGUGCGAAAUCUGAGGAUGACUCGAAGCUGGCAUCGAGGAAGUAUGCUCGUAUCAUUCAGAAGCUCGGCUUCAACGCGAAGUUCACGGAUUUCAAGAUCCAGAACAUCGUCGGUUCCUGUGACAUCAAGUUCCCCAUUCGUCUGGAGGGCUUGGCUAGCCGCCACCACAACUUCAGCUCGUACGAGCCUGAGUUGUUCCCUGGUCUUAUCUACCGCAUGAUGAAGCCGAAGAUUGUUCUUCUGAUCUUCGUCAGUGGAAAGAUUGUAUUGACCGGCGCCAAGGUCCGUGAAGAGAUCUACCAGGCGUUCGAAUUGAUCUAUCCUGUGCUUUCCGACUUCCGCAAGGUCUAA